CUGAUGACAAAAGAGGGAUGCUACGAGUGAAUACGUAUAUAGUACGAGGACGCGGCGUGGGUGCAAUUAGUCUGUUUGCGAGUCCAGCGAGAGAGAGAGAGAGAGAGAGAGGGGGAGAGAGAAGAGGGCUAAUCUAUACUGAUGGGCCCUUCGGACCCAAGCCGCUUUCAAGAGAGACAAAUAUAGUGUGUAUAAUUAAGGGACCGCAGCGACACCCCGGAAAGCUUCAGUCUACAGGGAGAUCUCUGCAACAGCGUGACGACGCGGCGCGUUCCAGUGUGCGUCCAUCAGACGCGUAUAACAUAUAGUUUUCCAAUAUUAUUUAUUAACAGACACGUUAUACGUUCAUUUAUUAUUAUUAUUAUUUUGCUAUUAACGCAAUUAUUAUACCUAACUCGGCCUGUGUAAAUAUCGUUGCUCCGAGACCCUCGAGGGGAACUUUGAGAGCUGUAUACAUAUAUAACAAUACAAAGUGGGAGAACUUUACGCGAGUGGAAUCAAGCGUGCGCACAAACUUCAGAUCGACAAUGAGCAAACUAUUCGCGAAGAUCUUCGGAAAGAAGAAAAAGAUAACGAUGCAGAAAACCGCCGACGAAGCCAUCCAGGAAUUGCGCAAAAUCGAGGAGCUGCUCGGCAAGAGGCAGGACUUCCUGGAGAGCAAAAUGAAGCAGGAGGAAACGAUCGCCAGGCAGAACAGUAACAAAAACAAGAGAGCUGCCAUCCAAGCACUGAAGAGAAGAAGACGAUUUGCGAAGCAACUUCAGCAAAUCGACGCGCGUUUAUCCACGCUCGAGAUGCAGAGAGAGGCACUGGAAAGUGCCAACACACAUACCGCUGUUCUUACAACGAUGAAGAACGCUGCUGAUGCCCUGAGAGCAGCUUACCAAAACAUGGACGUUGACCAAGUUCACGACAUGAUGGGCGACAUUGCCGAGCAGCAGGAUUUGGCAGAGGAACUUGCAAACGCUAUAUCCAACCCAGCCUUUGGUCAAGAAGUGGACGAGGCUGAGCUGGAGAAGGAGUUGGAUGAAUUGGAACAAGAGGAAGUUCAAAGGAAAUUGUUGACUCUUCGAAUAGAUACGGGUGAAUUACCGGAUGUUCCUGCAACAGCUCUGCCAACUGUACCAGAAAACAAGCAAAAGAAGACGGUGACGGCGAUUUGAGCGGGUUGGAUCAGUGGGCCUCGUGAGGUUGGAAUUUAUGUAUGCGUCAACAUUUUUUUCUAAUCGAGUAAUUAAAGAAACAAAACGAAUAAUCUAUAAAGAUGUAAUUUAAGAAUGUUAAAGUUCAGUUUGAAGUACCUAUAGAUGUAAAAUUUCGUGAAUUAUCGAAAUUAUCGAAAUAAUGUUCUUUCUUUAAUAAAUAUCUCUUAUAUUUUUAUAC